AUGAGUGAGGUAUCGGCUCAACAACAGCCUGCCACAGAUGUACAACAAAUGCAACAAGCGCAGCAGCAGCAACAACAACAACAACAACAACAACAGCAGCAACAACAGCAACAGCAAAAUCAACAGCAACAACAAUCCCAACAAAACCAACAAGCACAACAAAUGCAACAACCACAGCAAAUACAAGUUAUGAUUCAACAACCUCAGGGACAGGUUGACAUGCAGCAGCAACAGUCACAACAACAACAACAACCUCAACAAGUUUCUGUCGCCACGGGUCAGCAAACUAUUACUAUGCAGAUGUCUUCAGAUGGAUCCAAUGGUGGCACUGUGCAACUCCCUCAUUCAUCUGCUCCAAUGACCACUAUUGAGACAUCCGGUCAAAUGCAAAUUUCUACUAUCCAACCGCAGCAACAGCAACAGGGUCAAGUGCAAAUGACUAAUAUACAAGCUCAACAACCAGGGCAAGUCCAACAGCAACAUACUAUGCAGGCACAAACACCUACUCAACAGCAACAGCAACAACAACAACAGCAGACUCAAAUUCAACAGAUCAAUGACUGGAGUCAUGGACGUGUUCAGUUAAUUCAACAAGCUGGCCCUCAGUUUGUACAAUAUAAUGCUCAAGGCCAAUUAAUCAUGCCUGGAACAAUGUUGCAACAUCCUACCUCUGGUGCUAUACAAGUGAUUGCAGCUCCUAAUAAACAAUUCCAGUCACAACAGAUGCUCACCACAGCACAUGCACAUAAACAGGUAAUAUCGCAGGGACAGGCAACUUCGUUUCCGACUGGAUAUGCUGCUAUACCAACCACAACUAACCAGACACUUGUCAUCGGCCAGUUAGGGGUGAUAAGUAGCCAGCCAAAUAUGAAACAAAAUGAAAUGCAACAAACAUACACAAGCUGUGCCACUGGAAGAACUGUACAACAAAACGCUCAAACAAUGCAAUUUUCACCAUGGCAAUUUAAUGCAUCACUUCCUCAAGGACUCACUUGGGCUCCACAACCGCAAGCACUAUUAGCACAGAAUCAUCCAAUUUUUAUAAGAGGUGCACCGCAGCAAGAUGGUCAACAACAACAAGUACAAACUCCUAUGUUUAUUCAAAGUCCUCCACCUCAGCACCUUCAACAACACCAUGGCCAAACUAUGGUGCAAACAAGUGGUGGUGUUAUGCAAAAUAUUGGGCAAAUGGUUAGUGGUACCACAACUACUACCAUUAAAUCUCAACGAGCAGAUAUACAACCCAAAGUUGUCACAACACCUAAUGGAAUGGGUAAUAACAGACAACUUUCUAUACUACCAUCAGGACAUGCAAACCGUCCAAAUGCCACAAUUUCUACUCAAACCUCUACGGGUAUACAGCAUUUAAACCAGAUGCAAAAGGCUCAACUCAAGGUUAGACCUAAGACAAACGUACGUCAAGGUUUUAGUAUUGCGCCUCAUAAAUCAGAUGCUGCUAAUCAAACUAAUCAAACCAAACCUCUUCAGUCACCUCAACAGACUAUGAACACCAACAAAAUGAUUUUGACAAGUUCUGGACAACUUGUGCCACAAAUGCAACAACAACAACAGCAGCAAACUGUACAAGUACAGCAUUUGCAACAGCAACAACAACAACAAGCUCAACAACAAAUUAAAUUAGUUAGUAUGCAAUCGCCAAACCAUCAAAUUGUAAGUAUGCAAUCGCCUCCAGUUUAUCAGCAACAGCAAAUCAUCAAGCCCACCACAAACGUAAUGAGUAUGUCCAUGAAUUCUCCACAAAAGAUACAUAUACAUCAGCUGCAGCAAGGCCAAGCUAUUGCAUCAACACAAUCUCAGCUUCUAAUUUCACCCCAAAUUCAAACACCAGUUUCAUCUAUGCUUCCACCAACUAAACCCGAAGAAUCUCCGAAGACAUCUCCUGCUGUUCAAACUCUUGAAACAUCAGCUGUUGUGGUCUCAAUAGCAGAGAAUACUACUGAAACAACUGCAUCAGUUUCGUUACCGGUUAAUUCUAACGAAGAUAAUUCUAGAGAUAAAGGAUUGCCUAAAGCUUUAGUAAAACCACAAGUAUUAACCCAUGUUAUUGAAGGCUUUGUCAUACAAGAAGCUGAUCAACCGUUCCCAGUUAAUCGAUCUUGCACUUUGGCAGAUAUUUCCAAUAGUGCACAGGACAAGGAAAGCAUAAAAUUGGACGAAGAACCGCCAAAUAAAAAGAGUAAAACAGAUAAUAACAAUCAAGACAAAAUCAAGUGUGACUCUUGUGGAAAAUGUCAAGAAUUACAAAAGUUCAAAAUUAAAAAGAAAUCAAAACGCUUUUGUUCUCAAGAAUGCUCAAAAAUAUUUGAAAAUAGUUCAAAAACUGGACAAACAGACAAAAAGAAUGGGAAAAAUUGGGAAUGUGAAAGCAAUGGUUCAGCUGGUGAUUCUAGCAAUACAGGUUCAUCGCUUGAUUUGCCAAAUCGAAUGCAAAUUGAUGUUGACGUUAAGGCAGAUGUGGCUCCUGAAUUGUGUCCUAUUAAUCCGUUGACAUGGACUGUAAAAGAUGUACGGAAGUUUAUUGGUCAACUUACAGACAGUGAAGAAAUAGCAGCAGAUUUUGAAAGUCAUGAAAUUGAUGGUCAAGCUUUGAUGUUGCUCAAAGAAGAUCAUUUAAUAAGAGACAUGUCUAUGAAACUUGGACCAGCAUUAAAAAUAUUUGCUAAGCUGGAUGCCAUGCGUUCUGAAAAUCCAGAACUUCAACCCCCAGCGAGUUCUUAA